AUGAAAGCAGGGUUCACAUCCACAUUGAUUCAGCCGGUGUUGCAGCCACCAGAGGAUAAAUGCGAUCUGAUGGAGGACUUCACACAUUAUGUGUCUAUUGAUGACCGUCUUUUUGAAGAAGAAAUCGCCUGUUUCAGAGAUAAUGAUCAAGAAGUGGGUUAUUUAAAAUUUUUGUAUCAAGUCUCGUUUUGGUCAUUAGAUGAAUUUGUUUCGCAUCAAGCUAAGCAUCGCAACGAAGAAGAUGAAUACGAGGCCGUGGAUUCCCCGGAAGUUAUCUCAAUCAGAGGCGCAGAAGUUAUUGGGUCAAUUGAUGCUCUUUGCCUUGGCUAA